AACCUGUGUAGAUACAUGAUACUGGACAAUUUCAGGACCCUGGCCUCCAGGGGAGCUCCACCAUGCAAACCCAGGUUGAUCUCCCAGUUGGGGCCAAGGGCAGCAGAACAAGGGAUCCUCCAUGCCACAGGCAUAGACUGGGAAUCUCAACUUAAACCCAAGGCGUUGACUUCCAUGCAGGGUGUUUUGGAAGACAUAUCAUCCAUUGACACGCAGACGGGGUUGGGGCUGUUUCUGAGGAUGCAGAUCGGGCCCUCGAUGGGAGAGAGGGGGGCACCAUCGACUCAAGGGGACCAGCCAGCUUUCCAGGAGUCGCCUUGGUCUCCAGGAUAUACAGGACUGAAGGCGGCCAUGCAGAUUCAGAGGGUGGCAAUGCCGGUGCACGUGCUGGGCCACCCUGAUGCGUGGGUGGCUGGGGCUUCUGUGUUGCCUGCACAGGACCCUGCCUGGCUCCAGGAAAACACCGUAGAGGAGGAAGCCAUGGCUCCUGGAUUUCCCACCUUCUGUUCACAGGAACCAGUCACCUUUGCGGAUGUGGCCGUGGUAUUCACCCCAGAAGAAUGGGUGUUUCUGGACCCUUCUCAGAGAAGCCUGUACAGAGAUGUGAUGCUGGAAAACUACAGGAACCUGGCUUCUGUGGGAGAUCACCUAUGCAAACCCAGUACAUUGUCUCAUUUGGAGCAAAGAAGAGGGCUGUGGACCACCGAGAGAGGAGUCAUCUCAGACACCUGUCCAGAACCUCAACUUCAACCCCAGGAGUCAAUUUAUAGACAAGAUAUUUUUGCGGAGAUCCCGAGUGUUGACACGAAAAGGGAGGAACUUCAGUCAGGAGGAAAGCUCUAUAAUGAUGAUGAACUUGAGAAACCUUUUGACAGCAUGGAACCGAUUUUUCAGUACCAGAGAAUUCAUGUUGGAGAGGCUCCCUAUGAAUGCCAAGAGAGUGGAAAUUCCUUCUUCCAGAGUGCUCACCUAAUUAUGCCUGAGAAGAUCCGUAUUGGGGAUAAAACCUAUGCAUGCAAUAAAUGUCAGAAGUCUUUCAGAUACAGCUCUGACCUCAUCAGGCACGAGAAGACUCACACCACAGAGAAAUGCUUUGAAUGUGAAGAAUGUGGACAAGCCUUCAAAUAUUCUUCGAAUCUGAGGCGACACAUGAGGACACAUACUGGAGAAAAGCCCUUCGAAUGUAGUCAGUGUGGGAAGACCUUCACGAGGAACUUUAACCUAAUUUUGCACCAGAGAAAUCACACAGGAGAGAAGCCCUAUGAAUGUAAAGACUGUGGGAAAGCCUUCAAUCAGCCAUCCUCCCUUAGGAGCCACGUGAGAACUCACACUGGAGAGAAGCCCUUUGAAUGCAGCCAGUGUGGGAAAGCCUUCCGGGAACACUCGUCACUGAAGACACACCUACGAACUCACACCAGAGAGAAACCAUAUGAAUGCAACCAGUGUGGCAAGCCCUUCCGGACAAGUACACACCUGAACGUGCACAAGAGAAUACACACAGGGGAGAAGCUGUACGAGUGCGGGACUUGUGGGCAGGUCUUGAGCCGUCUCUCGACCCUUAAGAGUCACAUGCGAACUCACACUGGAGAGAAGCCCUACGCAUGUCAGGAGUGUGGGCGAGCCUUCAGUGAACCCUCCUCCCUCAGGAAGCACGCAAGGACUCACAGUGGCAAGAAGCCCUACACAUGCCAAGAAUGCGGGCGAGCCUUCGGUCAGUCUUCGCAUCUCAUUGUACAUGUGAGAACGCACACUGCGGGGAGACCCUAUCAAUGUAAUCAGUGUGAGAAGGCCUUCAGGCACAGCUCCUCGCUCACUGUGCACAAAAGGACCCAUCUGGGGAGAGAGAACAUUCGGAAUGAAGGCCUGCCUUUGUCUGUGUCUCAUCCGUACUGUGGGCCCCUUGCUAAUUAACUUCUGGUUUGUAAAAAUCCAAACAUAUGAGGUUAUCAGUUAUUAGCUAGAUCCUGUGUUUCAAUGUAUAAUAUUUUCAUUUUGGUUUAAUU